CGGGCAGGCGGCGGGACAUGGCGGCCCACAAGCCGGUGGAGUGGGUGCAGGCCGUGGUGAACCGCUUCGACGAGCAGCUUCCCAUAAAAGCUGGCCAGCAGAAUACCCACACCAAAGUCAGCACAGAACAUAAUAAGGAAUGUCUCAUAAACAUUUCCAAGUACAAGUUUUCCCUGGUGAUAAGUGGUCUCACUAAUAUCUUAAAAAAUGUUAACAAUAUGAGGAUAUUUGGAGAAGCUGCUGAAAAGAAUUUAUAUCUCUCUCAGCUGAUUAUAUUGGAUACACUGGAAAAAUGUCUUGCUGGGCAACCAAAGGACACGAUGCGACUAGAUGAGACGAUGCUGGUCAAACAGUUGCUGCCAGAAAUCUGCCAUUUUAUCCAUACGUACCGUGAAGGAAACCAACAUGCAGCCGAACUUCGCAAUUCUGCCUCUGGGGUUCUCUUCUCUCUCAGUUGCAAUAAUUUUAAUGCAGUCUUCAGCCGCAUUUCCACCAGAUUACAGGAACUGACUGUGUGUUCGGAAGAUAAUGCUGAUGUUCAUGAUAUUGAACUUUUACAGUAUAUUAGUGUGGACUGCAUAAAACUGAAACGAAUAUUGCAAGAGACAGUAUUUAAGUUUAAAGCCCUAAAGAAAGUAGCUCAACUGGCAGUUAUAAACAGUCUUGAAAAGGCAUUUUGGAACUGGGUGGAAAACUAUCCCGAUGAAUUCACAAAGCUGUACCAGACACCACAGACUGAUAUGGCGGAUUGUGCAGAGAAGUUGUUUGACUUGGUGGAUGGGUUUGCCGAAAGCACGAAACGUAAAGCAGCAGUUUGGCCACUGCAAAUCAUUCUUCUUGUCCUGUGUCCAGAAAUCAUUCAAGAUAUAGCCAAGGAUGUGGUGGAGGAAACCAAAAUAAACAAGAAACUGUUUCUGGACAACCUCAGGAAAGCACUUGCAAGCCAUAGUGGGAGCAGACAGCUGACUGAAAGCGCUGCUAUUGCUUGUGUUAAACUGUGCAAAGCAUCCACCUACAUCAACUGGGAAGAUAAUUCUGUCAUUUUCCUUCUGGUGCAGUCCAUGGUUGAUGAUCUUAAGACCUUGCUGUUUAAUCCGUGUAAACCUUUCUCAAGAGGCAAUCAGAAUGCAGAUGUAGACCUUAUGAUAGACUGCUUAGUUUCCUGCUUUCGCAUAAACCCUCAGAACAACCCAUACCUUAAGAUCUGCUUGGCACAGAAUUCCCCAUCAACGUUUCAUUAUGUGCUGGUAAACUCACUCCAGCGAAUAAUCACAAAUUCUGAAGUAGACUGGUGGCCCAAGAUUGAUGCUGUGUACUGUCACUCCGUGGAACUCCGCAGCAUGUUCAGUGAAACACUUCAAAAAGCUGUGCAGAGUUGUGGGGCGCAUCCAGCAAUUCGUAUGACACCGAGUCUUACAUUUAAAGAGAAAAUGACAAGCCUUAAAUUUAAAGAAAAACCUACAGACUUGGAAACCAGAAGUUAUAAGUUUUUGCUGUUAUCCAUGGUAAAACUAUUACAUGCUGAUCCAAAGCUCUUGCUGUAUAAUCCAAGGAAGCAAGGGCCUGAGACACAGAGUAGCACUGCUGAAUUAAUUACUGGACUUGUACAACUUGUUCCACAGUCCAACAUGCCAGAAAUAGCCCAAGAAGCCAUGGAGGCCUUGCUAGUUCUUCAUCAGUUAGAGAGCAUUGAUUUAUGGAAUCCAGAUGCACCCAUAGAAACAUUUUGGGAAAUUAGUUCACAAAUGCUUUUCUAUAUCUGCAAGAAACUAACUGGUCAUCAGAUGCUCAGCAGCACAGAAAUCCUCAAGUGGUUGCGUGAGAUUCUGAUCUGUAGGAACAAAUUUCUUCUAAAAAAUAAACAAUCAGAUAGGAGUUCCUGUCAUUUUCUCUUCCUUUAUGGGGUAGGAUGUGAUGUCUCUGGCGGUGGAGCUAGUCAACUUUCUCUUGACCAUGAAGAGAUGCGCUGUGCUCCGGGAGCUACCCUCAGGAAAGGGAAAGGCAACUCUUCCAUGGAAAGUACAGCAGGAUGCAGUGGAACUCCAAUAUGUCGCCAAGCCCAAACAAAAUUAGAGGUUGCCCUGUACAUGUUUCUGUGGAGCCCUGACAUUGAGGCAGUUCUUGUUGCGAUGUCCUGUUUCCGUCAUCUCUGUGAGGAAGCAGAUAUCAGGUGUGGAGUAGAUGAAGUCUCGGUACAUAAUUUUUUGCCAAACUACAACACCUUCAUGGAGUUUGCGUCUGUCAGCAAUAUGAUGUCAACAGGGAGAGCAGCUCUUCAGAAAAGAGUGAUGGCAUUAUUAAGGCGCAUUGAACAUCCAACUGCAGGCAACACUGAAGCAUGGGAAGAUACACAUGCAAAGUGGGAACAAGCUACAAAACUAAUCCUCAACUACCCAAAGACCAAAAUGGAAGAUGGCCAGGUUACUGAUAGUCUUCACAAGACAAUUGUCAGGCGACGAAUGUCUCAUGUUAGUGGGGGAGGCUCCAUAGACUUGUCUGACACAGAUUCUCUGCAGGAAUGGAUCAACAUGACAGGGUUCUUGUGUGCUCUCGGAGGAGUGUGUCUCCAGCAUCGUAGCAAUGCAGGAUUAGCAACUUACAGCCCACCCAUGGGUCCAAUCAAUGAGCGUAAGGGCUCCAUGAUAUCGAUGAUAUCCACCGAAGGAAAUGCAGAGACUCCUGUUAGCAAAUUCAUAGAUAGAUUACUAUCGCUAAUGGUCUGUAACCAUGAGAAAGUGGGACUUCAGAUACGGACUAAUAUUAAAGAUCUGGUGGGUCUGGAAUUGAGUCCAGCACUUUAUCCAAUGCUGUUUAACAAACUGAAGAAUACCAUCAGCAAAUUUUUUGACUCUCAAGGACAGGUUUUGUUAACUGAGACCAACACACAGUUUGUAGAGCAGACAAUUGCUAUAAUGAAAAACCUGCUUGAUAAUCAUACUGAAGGGAGCUCAGAACAUCUGGGGCAAGCUAGUAUAGAGACCAUGAUGCUAAAUCUAGUCAGAUAUGUACGUGUGCUUGGAAAUUUGGUACAUGCAAUUCAAAUAAAAACUAAACUCUGUCAACUAGUGGAGGUAAUGAUGGAGAGGCGAGAUGACCUUUCGUUUUGCCAAGAGAUGAAAUUUAGGAACAAAAUGGUGGAAUAUCUGACAGACUGGGUUAUGGGCACAUCCAACCAAGCAACAGAUGAAGAUGUAAAAUGCCUGACCAGAGAUCUAGACCAAGCAAGUAUGGAAGCAGUGGUCUCUCUUCUCGCUGGGCUUCCACUACAGCCUGAAGAAGGAGAUGGUGUUGAACUGAUGGAAGCCAAAUCCCAAUUAUUUCUUAAAUAUUUCACUCUAUUUAUGAAUCUUCUAAAUGACUGUAGUGAAGUUGAAGAUGAAAGUGCACAAACAGGUGGCAGGAAACGUGGAAUGUCUCGAAGACUGGCUUCGUUGCGACACUGCACUGUUCUUGCUAUGUCAAACUUACUCAAUGCUAAUGUGGACAGUGGCCUUAUGCACUCAAUAGGCUUAGGUUAUCACAAAGAUCUCCAAACAAGAGCUACAUUCAUGGAAGUCCUCACCAAAAUUCUACAGCAGGGUACAGAGUUUGAUACGCUAGCAGAAACUGUACUAGCAGAUCGGUUUGAGAGAUUGGUGGAAUUGGUCACUAUGAUGGGUGACCAAGGAGAGCUACCUAUUGCUAUGGCAUUGGCCAAUGUGGUCCCUUGUUCGCAGUGGGAUGAACUAGCUCGUGUCCUGGUCACCCUCUUUGACUCCCGGCACUUGCUCUACCAGCUGCUUUGGAACAUGUUUUCUAAGGAAGUGGAACUGGCAGAUUCCAUGCAGACUCUGUUCAGGGGAAAUAGCUUGGCCAGCAAAAUAAUGACUUUCUGUUUUAAGGUAUAUGGUGCUACAUAUCUGCAGAAGCUCUUGGAACCUCUAUUAAGGACCGUGAUCACAUCCUCUGAAUGGCAACAUGUCAGCUUUGAGGUGGAUCCUACAAGAUUGGAGCAUACAGAAAGUCUUGAAGCCAACCAACGGAGUCUCCUGCAGAUGACUGAGAAAUUCUUCCAUGCAAUCAUUAAUUCCUCUUCUGAGUUUCCACCCCAGCUUCGCAGCGUGUGCCAUUGUCUGUACCAGGCAACUUGCCACUCUCUACUGAAUAAAGCUACCGUAAAAGAAAAAAAGGAAAACAAAAAAUCAGUUGUCAGCCAGCGGUUUCCUCAGAACAGCAUUGGAGCAGUUGGAAGUGCCAUGUUCCUAAGGUUCAUCAAUCCUGCAAUUGUCUCCCCUUAUGAGGCAGGGAUUUUAGAUAAAAAGCCUCCACCUAGAAUUGAAAGGGGCUUGAAGUUAAUGUCAAAGAUACUUCAAAGUAUUGCCAACCAUGUCUUGUUUACGAAAGAAGAACAUAUGCGGCCUUUUAAUGACUUUGUAAAAAGCAACUUUGAUGCAGCACGAAGAUUUUUUCUUGAUAUUGCAUCUGAUUGUCCUGCUAGUGACACUGUCAAUCACAGUCUCUCCUUCAUUAGUGAUGGCAACGUACUUGCCUUACACCGUUUACUUUGGAACAAUCAGGAGAAGAUUGGCCAGUAUCUUUCCAGCAACAGGGAUCACAAAGCUGUUGGAAGGCGACCUUUUGACAAAAUGGCUACUCUUCUUGCCUACCUGGGUCCACCUGAGCACAAGCCUGUGGCAGACACACACUGGUCCAGUCUAAAUCUCACCAGUUCCAAAUUUGAAGAAUUUAUGACUAGGCACCAGGUACAUGAAAAAGAGGAGUUCAAGGCAUUGAAAACAUUAAAUAUUUUCUAUCAAGCUGGGACAUCAAAAGCUGGCAAUCCUGUUUUCUACUACAUUGCUCGGCGGUUCAAAACAGGUCAGAUCAACGGUGAUUUAUUGAUAUACCAUGUUCUUCUAACUUUGAAGCCAUACUAUGCUAAGCCAUAUGAGAUUGUAGUGGACCUCACUCACGCCGGGCCCAGCAAUCGCUUUAAAACAGACUUCCUUUCCAAGUGGUUUGUAGUGUUUCCAGGCUUCGCUUAUGAAAAUGUCUCAGCAGUUUAUAUUUACAACUGCAACUCUUGGGUAAGGGAAUACACCAAAUACCACGAGCGGCUUCUGACAGGCCUGAAAGGCAGCAAAAGACUUAUUUUUAUAGACUCUCCCGGGAAAUUGGCAGAACACAUUGAACAUGACCAGCAGAAACUUCCAGCUGCUACCUUGGCUUUGGAAGAAGACUUGAAAGUAUUCCACAAUGCUCUCAAACUCGCCCACAAAGACACCAAAGUUUCUAUUAAAGUUGGGUCUACCGCUGUGCAGGUAACAUCAGCAGAUCGAACAAGAGUCCUGGGACAGACAGUGUUUCUAAAUGACAUUUACUAUGCCUCUGAGAUUGAGGAGAUAUGUCUAGUCGAUGAGAACCAGUUCACCUUAACCAUUGCCAACCAAGGCACACCACUCACCUUCAUGCAUCAGGAGUGCGAAGCCAUCGUGCAGUCCAUCAUUCACAUACGGACUCGAUGGGAGCUGUCACAACCAGACUCCAUCCCACAACAUACUAAAAUCCGCCCUAAGGAUGUCCCUGGAACACUACUGAAUAUAGCAUUGCUUAACCUGGGAAGCUCAGACCCUAGUUUACGGUCUGCUGCCUAUAAUCUUCUGUGUGCCUUAACCUGUACCUUUAAUUUAAAGAUUGAGGGCCAGUUACUGGAGACUUCAGGUCUGUGUAUCCCUGCCAACAACACCCUUUUUAUUGUGUCAAUUAGUAAGACUCUGGCAGCUAAUGAGCCACACCUUACCUUAGAGUUUUUGGAAGAGUGUAUUUCUGGAUUUAGCAAAUCUAGUAUUGAACUGAAACACCUUUGCCUGGAAUAUAUGACUCCCUGGUUGUCGAAUCUGGUCCGAUUCUGUAAGCACAAUGAUGAUGCUAAACGCCAGCGAGUCACAGCUAUUCUUGAUAAGCUUAUAACGAUGACAAUAAAUGAGAAACAGAUGUAUCCUUCCAUUCAAGCAAAGAUAUGGGGGAGUCUUGGACAGAUAACAGAUCUACUUGAUGUAGUGCUGGACAGUUUCAUCAAAACCAGUGCCACAGGGGGCUUGGGAUCCAUAAAAGCUGAGGUUAUGGCAGACACAGCUGUAGCACUGGCUUCUGGAAAUGUGAAAUUGGUUUCAAGCAAAGUAAUAGGGAGGAUGUGCAAAAUAAUCGACAAGACUUGUCUGUCUCCAACUCCUACAUUAGAGCAACACCUGAUGUGGGAUGAUAUUGCCAUUCUAGCACGUUACAUGCUGAUGCUCUCCUUUAACAAUUCUCUUGAUGUGGCAGCACAUCUCCCCUACCUCUUCCAUGUAGUUACUUUGUUGGUGGCCACUGGUCCUCUUUCCCUUAGAGCUUCCACCCAUGGCCUGGUCAUCAACAUCAUUCAUUCUCUGUGCACUUGUUCACAACUUCACUUUAGCGAGGAGACGAAGCAAGUUUUGAGACUCAGCUUGACAGAGUUCUCGCUGCCCAAGUUUUAUUUGCUGUUUGGAAUCAGCAAAGUGAAAUCAGCAGCUGUCAUAGCAUUCCGAUCCAGUUAUCGGGAUAGGUCAUUCUCUCCUGGUUCAUACGAGAGGGAGACUUUUGCACUGACUUCCCUGGAAACAGUUACUGAAGCUCUGCUGGAGAUCAUGGAGGCUUGUAUGAGAGAUAUUCCAACAUGCAAAUGGCUGGACCAGUGGACAGACCUAGCACAAAAGUUUGCAUUCCAAUAUAAUCCAUCUCUGCAACCAAGAGCACUUGUCGUCUUUGGCUGUAUCAGUAAACGAGUGUCACAUGGGCAAAUAAAACAAAUAAUCCGAAUUCUUAGCAAGGGACUUGAGAGCUGUUUAAAAGGUCCUGAUAAUUACAACAGCCAAGUUCUUAUAGAAGCCACAGUUAUCGCACUAACCAAGCUGCAGCCACUUCUUAAUAAGGACUCUCCUAUGCACAAGGCCCUCUUUUGGGUGGCAAUGGCAGUGCUGCAGCUAGAUGAAGUUAACCUUUAUUCAGCAGGUACAGCACUACUUGAACAAAAUCUACAUACCUUAGAUGGUCUUCGGGUAUUCAAUGACAAGAGCCCCGAAGAAGUAUUUAUGGAAAUCAGGAGACCUUUGGAAUGGCACUGCAAACAGAUGGAUCAUUUUGUUGGACUCAACUUUAACUCUAACUUUAAUUUUGCACUAGUAGGACAUCUUCUAAAAGGAUACAGGCAUCCCUCUCCUACCAUCGUAGCAAGGACAGUAAGGAUUUUACACACACUACUAGCUCUGGUUAACAAACAUAGGAAUUGUGACAAGUUCGAGGUGAAUACCCAGAGUGUGGCUUAUCUGGCAGCUUUGCUGACAGUAUCUGAGGAAGUUCGAAGUCGCUGCAGCCUAAAACAUAGGAAGUCUCUCUUGCUGACAGAGGUUUCAAUGGAAAAUGUUCCUAUGGAUACAUAUCCCAUACAUCACAGUGACACCAGCUGUAGGACACUAAAGGAAAACCAACCGUGGUCCUCUCCAAAGGGGUCAGACAGACAUCUUGUUGCCAAUUACCCCACAGUGGGACAGAUUAGCCCACGAACACGAAAAUCCAUGAGCUUGGAUAUGGGGCAGCCUUCACAAGCCAACACUAAAAAGCUACUAGGUACAAGGAAAAGUUUUGACCACUUGAUAUCAGACACAAAGGCUCCUAAAAGGCAAGAAAUCGAAUCUGGGAUUACCACACCCCCCAAAAUGAGGAGAGUAGCUGAAAAUGACUAUGACAUGGAAACCCAGAGAAUAUCACCCCAACAACACCCUCAUCUUCGGAAAGUUUCUGUGUCUGAGUCUAAUGUCCUUCUGGAUGAAGAGGUCCUUACUGAUCCAAAAAUUCAAGCCCUGCUGCUUACUGUUCUUGCAACAUUAGUAAAGUACACUACAGAUGAGUUUGACCAACGAAUUCUUUACGAGUAUUUAGCAGAAGCCAGUGUCGUCUUCCCAAAGGUCUUUCCUGUUGUGCACAAUUUAUUGGAUUCCAAGAUCAAUACUCUUUUGUCACUGUGCCAAGACCCAAAUUUGUUGAAUCCAAUUCAUGGGAUUGUUCAGAGUGUUGUCUACCAUGAAGAAUCUCCACCCCAGUACCAAACUUCUUACCUACAAAGUUUUGGAUUUAAUGGCUUGUGGAGGUUUGCUGGGCCAUUCUCUAAGCAAACACAAAUCCCAGACGAUGCUGAGCUUACAGUGAAGUUUCUUGAUGCCUUGAUUGACACCUAUUUGCCUGGAAUUGAUGAGGAAACCAGUGAGGAAUCUCUACUGACACCUACAUCUCCUUAUCCUCCUGCAGUGCAGAGCCAGCUUAGUAUUACUGCAAACCUGAACCUUUCUAAUUCUAUGACCUCACUUGCAACUUCCCAGCAUUCCCCAGGAAUUGACAAGGAGAAUGUCGAACUCUCCCCCACCACUGGACACUCCAACAGCGGGAGGACACGCCAUGGGUCCGCAAGUCAAGUGCAAAAGCAGCGAAGCGCUGGCAGUUUCAAACGUCACAGCUCUAAAAAGAUUGUGUGA